AUGCCGAAAAUAUUGUCUGAUGACGAUAUAAAAAAUGCACUGGACGAGUUAUUUGGCUUACUCGACGACCCCGACAUUUCGGAGGACGAAUACGAACAAGAACCGGAUAAUUUAGAUACGUAUGAAGGUAUGACGCUAUAUGAUAUUCUUAGUGGUGCGAACGUAACCGAUUCUACCCAGGAGAAAAACGACUCUAAUUUAGAAGAAUCAUUUAAUCAGCCGUCAACAUCUGGUCUACAUUUAGACAGCCGCAACAAUGAGUCUACUCAGGUGAAACACGACUCGGACGACGAACGUGAGACAUCAAUUCAUUCCUCAACAUCUGGUCUUCAUUUAGACAGACGCCGUAACCGUUUACUUGACUCUCCUCCUGAACCACCAUUCAGCCAACUUCCUACAGCUGUUGAUACAAUUUCUGAAACUGAUGAUUCGGAUGGUGCAGAAGAUCAGUGGAAAAAAGUUAUCUGGUCUCAACAACCAAACGUGGAUGAUUUUGACCGUGUUCGUUUACAAGGAACUCAAUUCCUUUCAUCCCAGACAAGGCCUACAACAUAUUUCACACGUUUCUUCGAUGACGAUAUUUUUACACAUAUUGUAACACAAACCAAUCUCUAUGCAGAACAAAAUCAAAGUCGUAACUGGACACCUGUUUGUUGUGAUGAAAUUAAAGCUUUCAUAGGCAUAAUAAUUCUAAUGGGGCUCCAUCCAUUAACGACUGUUGAUUUAUUUUGGGCUAGCGAUCCAUUUUUCCGCGUAGAUGAAAUCGCAUCCAUAAUGCCAAUCAAAAGAUUUAAAAAAAUCCUCGAAAACCUGCAUUUGAAUAAUAAUGAGCAAACGCCUCAAAGAGCUACAACAAAUUUUGAUAAAUUAUUCAAAGUAAGACCAAUACUGGAUUUGCUGAAUAUUGCAUGUCAGCGAGAAGCGAAAACAACAUCGUCACAAUCAAUAGAUGAAUCGAUGAUUCGAUUCAAGGGACGUUCAACACUAAAACAGUACAUGUCCUUCAAACCCAUCAAGAGAGGAUACAAAGUUUGGGUAAGAGCUGAUAGCAAAACUGGUUAUGUUUACGAAUUUAGCAUUUACACUGGUAAACGUGAAGACCAAGCUCCUGAAGUCGGUCUAGGAGUCAAAGUAGUGAAAACUCUCACACAAAAACUCAUUGAUCAAGGCUUCCGAGGACAUGUAGCUUUUGACAAUUUCUUUGCAUCUUAUGAGCUCUUGCAAUAUUUGUUUGAAAACGGAAUAUAUGCCACCGCAACCGUCAAUUCUGGGAGAUCUGAUUUGCCACUAAUACUAUAA